GUACAGGCGAAUGCGGCGCUGCAAGGAGGCAGACCCCGAGACUUGAGCCCCCAUUUUUGACACGAAAAUAAGUAUUAAUUCGUCUCUCAUCUGCGUCUUAUGAGGAUAAGCAUUCAGAGCUGACUCUCUAGGAUGCAAUGACCGUCUGGCUGGUAGAUGCCUGAAGGCUGUCAAUGUAUGGUGUUCCUGAAGAAAGCCUUUAAGGAGAAGUGUAUUUGUGUUAUCUGCACACCAACGUGAGAGCCACACCUUGUGUCCAUAUCUCUGAUCUCCUGCCAAGGGAGACAGCAGUUGCUGCACGCUCUUCACCUGCCCCCCUGCCCCGUCCCCACCGCCACAAUGGUGCUGUCACAGAGGCAACGCGAUGAGCUAAACCGAGCAAUAGCUGAUUACCUACGUUCCAAUGGAUAUGAAGAGGCAUAUUCCGUUUUCAAAAAGGAGGCGGAAUUAGACAUGAAUGAGGAAUUGGAUAAGAAGUAUGCAGGCCUUUUGGAAAAGAAAUGGACUUCUGUCAUCAGAUUACAGAAAAAGGUGAUGGAAUUAGAAUCGAAAUUGAAUGAGGCAAAAGAAGAGAUCACUUUAGGUGGGCCAAUUGGACAGAAGCGAGACCCCAAAGAAUGGGUCCCCCGUCCCCCUGAGCGAUAUGCCUUGAGUGGCCACAGGAGUCCUGUCACCAGAGUAAUUUUCCAUCCUGUCUUCAGUGUUAUAGUCUCUGCCUCAGAGGAUGCAACAAUAAAGGUAUGGGACUAUGAAACGGGUGACUUUGAGCGCACCCUUAAGGGCCACACAGACUCUGUGCAGGACAUCUCCUUUGACCUUACUGGAAAGCUGUUAGCCUCCUGUUCAGCAGACAUGACUAUUAAGCUUUGGGACUUCCAGGGCUUCGAGUGUAUCAGGACCAUGCAUGGACAUGACCAUAAUGUUUCAUCUGUAGCUAUUAUGCCCAAUGGAGAUCAUAUAGUUUCAGCCUCAAGGGAUAAAACCAUUAAAAUGUGGGAGGUGGCCACUGGGUAUUGUGUGAAGACGUUCACUGGCCACAGAGAGUGGGUACGCAUGGUGCGGCCCAACCAGGAUGGGACCCUAAUUGCCAGUAGUUCUAAUGACCAGACAGUGCGUGUUUGGGUGGUGGCCACGAAAGAAUGCAAGGCUGAGCUGCGGGAGCAUGAACAUGUGGUGGAAUGCAUUUCUUGGGCCCCUGAAAGUGCCCAUCCCACCAUUCUGGAAGCGACGGGCUCAGAGACUAAGAAGAGUGGUAAACCUGGACCUUUCCUGCUGUCUGGUUCCAGAGACAAGACUAUCAAGAUGUGGGAUGUGAGCAUUGGGAUGUGCCUUAUGACACUGGUUGGCCAUGAUAAUUGGGUGCGUGGGAUUCUUGUGCACCCUGGUGGAAAGUUCAUUGUGAGCUGUGCUGAUGACAAGACGUUAAGGAUCUGGGACUACAAAAACAAGCGCUGCAUGAAGACCUUGAGUGCCCAUGAACAUUUUGUUACCUCUCUGGAUUUCCAUAAGUCUGCUCCAUACGUCGUCACCGGCAGCGUAGAUCAAACAGUAAAAGUGUGGGAGUGUCGCUGAACAUACCUCCAGGACCCUUCACAACUCCUCCAUGGUCCCCUCCACACCCUCCUGACCCAUUCCACCCCCCUCAGCUUCCUCCUGCUCUUCUGAAUGCACUCAAACACCAUGGUUAUCACCCACCAAGCUCUGGUUCAAUAACAUGUCCUUUUAUGUAAAUUAUUCUGGAUUUAGAGCUAUUACACGAAAAAAGGUAUUCUUGCAUGGUGAAUCCAAAACUGUAUACUGUAAAUUUACAUAAUGUUGUCUAGAAGUACCUUAGGUUUAACACAGGCUGAUCUUUAACUCAGCUCGACCUACCGAAGACAGAAGCUGACUGGGUUAAUGUAGGGCUUAUUGAUAAUUUAAUGACAGUGUCAUUUAUUAUUUGUCUGAUUUAUUUUUGUCUUUUUUUUUUUCUUUCUUUUUUUUUUUCUCCACUGUCUUAGUCUGUUUGUGCCUAGCCCUAAGACCUUUCAUGGGGCAAAGGCUACAGAAAUAACAUAUAAAUCUUAGGUGGAGAGUUGAUCUAUGGGGCUUGUUAUCAGAACUAUUCUGUAGCUUUGUUACAUCACUUCUUGAGUGUAUUUACCAUACUCUUAUUGUGGAUUUAGAUAACAUAUAAUGGUUGCAUUUAAGAACGUUUCAAAUGUUUUGUCUUGUAACCUUUGGGAAUAAAUCUUUGUACACUUGUCAUGAAACGUCCUACUGAGAAGUACAAUCCCAUGAGACAUGACUUUACACUGUAAGAAAGAAUUUUGCAUAAUUAUAGGAGUCGAUAUGUAUGAAACUCCUGCAUCCAAAAAAUAAGCCAUGCUGCUUAGUGGGCAGCAAGAGUUUUCCUUAUUUGCUCAAAAUCAGAGGUGGACAUAGCUUUAGUAAAGAUUUUGACUUUGAUGGUUAUCUGUCACUCAGGAGCACUUCAGACUCUUAAGCACCAGAAAUUAUUCCUCCAAGCACUUGAUUGGCUCUUGACAGUUGUUGUUAAUGUUAACACGGCAACAAUGAGCAAGGAUUUUUAUCCAGUUGAAGUCAAUUCUUCCUUGUUUUGAUCAGUUCUUGAUUUGUUUUUGGUUGUAUUUUUGCAAUGAUCAUGUUAGCUGGAUGAUUAAUUAUCUUAUGUUCAAAAAAGACAUUUGACACUGAAAUCACAAACCCUCAGUUUGGACCAAAGCAUGACAAGGGCUCAAAGUUUCCUCCAUUUGGGGAUGUGCAAAAUCUGUCUUAAAAGAGAGGGUCAAAGAUUUCCAUUGUGAAAAAAUGAAUGAUGGCAACUUCUUGGGUUAAGAUGAAAUUAAAACGACACAUGAUACUGUGGGAAGUUAGAUCUAAUAAACCUACGAGUUAAUGAUGAGUUAAAGACUAAUGAAAGGCUAGCCUCUGCCUGCUCUUUCUGUGUAAAGGGAUAUUCAUGCUGUGGGACAUAGAAAAAGCUCUUUGUACAACAUGUCUGUUUCUAAAAAGGAUGAUUGCUAGAGGUCCUGUGAACAUCCCUAAAAUUGAGCACCACUGGUGCUCAAGCCAUUAUUUAAGUCUGAUGAGUGGCACAUUCUCUGCUAUUCUGUUAAUAAAAGUACAAAUAAAUACACAAUGGGAAAUUAUUUGAUAAGUCCCAAUACAUGGAGAUAAACUAUUCCAUAUCUUUUAAGGAAAAAAAAUUGCCUUUGGCUUUGUGGAAAGACAAAAGCAAUUUAAUUAACUUGAACAUCCCUCUUAUUGUUAGAUCUUUUGUCCCAUCAGACUGAAGGUCCAAGAAAUGUAAGACUUGUUGAAAAAAAAUGCAUAAACGGAUAUCAUUUUAAUUCGCUUUUUCAUUCCAAUGCAAUUAUAUAAUAAAGAAUUUCACUGCUUAACCAUGCUAUUAUCAAGCGAUUUCCUGUUGUGCAUACUGGAUGUAACUGCUGCUGAAAAUCUGAUAUAAACUUUUCUGGUCUGUACCUGUGGUCGACUGGACACAGUGGCACUGCUGCAUGUAACCAUACUAAGGAAUGAGCUGUCUGGUGGGGCACCAUUGGCCACAUUUGAUCUUUAACCUUGCAGAAACAUGUUUUAAAGGGAUAGUUCAUCCAAAAAUAAAAUGUUUGCCAUCAUUUACUCACCCUCAUGCCUUUUCAAACCAAUGAGCCUAGGACUACAAAAUAAAAUGUUUAGGAGAAAGUUAGCCUCAAUCACCCUUAAUUUUCAUUGCAUAUUUUCUCAUACAAUGAAAUUGAAUGAUGAUUAAAGGAUAACACUGCCUUACAUCUCCUAUUAUGUUCCAUGGAUGAGACAGUUAUACAGGUUCUGAUCAAUUAGACAAUUUAAAUUUUUGGGUGAACAAUCCCUUUAACGGGACAAACAACCAAACUGGUAUCUUGGACAAUAAAAUUAGGGAACCGAUUUGUCAUCUGUGGUUUGAAGUAGUAAAAAUGUGCGUUAAGAGUUGCACCUCAAUGGUUUUAUGAAGACAGACAGACACCCAACCAGAUAGGUCAACAGACAUGCUAACUGUGGUCAUGUAAAGUAUGUGGUUUGUGCUUGUAUGAAGAGACAUUGACUGUUGUUUUUGCUAUUGGGAUUGUGGCAGACUGAGCAACCCAAGGGAAAAGUGGCCAUCACAAUCACUUAUUGAACUUAUACGCUUCCGUGUGUUAUAGAGCAAAGAAAUCCAGUAGAUGGUAGAAGGAAAAAUGUUGUAACUGGAAAGAAAAUGACAAAAUCUCAUCAUUUGUGUUGUACACACAUUCAUGGUGUCCAGAGUUGAUUGUUCCCAUCUGAAGAAAUCUAUGAAAAGUGGUACUCGCUUGUCAUUGGCUUUUUUCAAGACUCCUAGGGCCAAAGGUGUGAUACUAAGGCUAUCUGAAGAUUGGAAUCGCCUCUAAAAGAGAUUAGCAUUUCUUGGUUUGACAAGAAAAAUGAGAACCACACAGAUGGCAAGUCCUGUUUUUGUACGUCAGAAGACAAAGUUGGUCCCAAGCAAUCCCACUGCUUCACACAUUGGAUGGGCUAAUGUACAGACAGACAUGUGAAGCUGUCUGUAUGUCCGUCCUCCAGCCACAGAUCUGUUAUCAGCUUUCAUUUGUGAAUAGAUUGGAGGCUUCAGACUUCACAGCUUGAAUGGGACUCUUUGCUUUUUAUGGUAUCACUCUUCGCACAGCCAAUUGUUAACAAUAUAUCUGGAUGUUAUUAUUGUUUGCAACAUAAUUAAAGGAAAAAAUUUGAA